GUCUCACUGUAUUUAAUCACCUCAUCUCUCCUCUCUUUUAUUUUUUUUCUGUAGUACUAGUUGAGAAAACAAAACCCUAAAAGGGGUUCUUUGCAAGAACAAUUCGCCGCCAGAUUGAUCUUUUCUCUUAUAUAACUUGUGACCCUUUGUCUCACACAGUCUUCUUCUUCUUUCUUACACAUGCUCUCAACCCACCCCACUUGUGAACUCUGCUUGAUUCUUCUCCUUUUAUUUUUUUUUUUGGGUUGUUGUCUUAAUUUGUACAAGCACUUCUAAUUGUUUGUUUUUCUUGAAAUUCAAUGUGAAGGAACAUAACCCUUUUGCCAAGACUUAAAUUUUUUGGUUUACGGUUACUCAACCUGUGGUGAGUGUGACUUCCUUUUUGGUUGAUCAAAUCGUUUCGAUGGUUUUGCCCGUCUUCAAGGACUGAGCUUUCUUGGAACUUGAUGGUCAAAGUGAAUAGCUGGGUUGUAAAUUUUGUGAAGAAUCAUGUUAUCUGAAAUGGGUAGGAGACCGAUGAUUGGAAAUAAUGAGAAUUCGUUUGGAGAUGAGUUUGAGAAGGAGAUAGGGCUGUUGCUCCGUGAGCAGAGGAGGCAAGAUACUGAUGAUCUUGAGAAGGAGCUCAAUUUGUAUAGGAGUGGAUCAGCCCCGCCCACUGUGGAGGGUUCGCUGAGUGCAGUUGGUGGGUUGUUCAACCAUGGAGUCACUGGCGCUGGAGGCAGCGUUAGCUCUGCUUUUGCUGAGUUUGCAAGAAAUAAGAGCGGCAAUGGGUUCUUGUCUGAGGAGGAACUUAGGUCUGAUCCUGCAUAUUUGUCUUACUACUACUCAAAUGUCAAUCUGAACCCAAGGCUUCCACCACCUCUUUUGUCGAAAGAAGAUUGGCGUUUUGCUCAGAGGUUACAAGGAGGGAGUUCCGCAAUUGGGGAUAGAAGGAAGGUCAACAGGAAUGACAGUGGCAAUGGUGGGAGAUCCCUCUUCUCAAUGCCUCCGGGUUUCAAUUCGAAGAAGCAAGAGACUGAGAAUGAGAAGGACAAACUACAGGGUUCUGUGGAGUGGGGUGGCGAUGGGCUUAUUGGUUUGCCUGGAUUAGGACUAGGUAGCAAGCAGAAGAGUCUUGCAGAGAUAUUUCAGGAAGACUUGAACCGUGCUACACCAGUUUCUGGACACCCUUCACGCCCAGCUAGCAGAAAUGCUUUUGAUGAGAAUGCGAGUGCUAUUGGUUCAGCUGAGGCUGAGCUGGCUCUUCUCCGUCGUGAUUUGACAUCUUCAGAUCCAGUACACUCCCCUUCAAAUAUUCAGAGCUCAUCUGCUGCUCAGCAUGCUGGACCACCUGUAUCAUAUUCUUACGCUGCUGCUUUGGGUGCAUCCUUGUCGAGAAGCUCGACUCCUGAUCCUCAACGGAUUGCACGAGCUCCUAGUCCAUGCCCAACUCCUAUUGGGGGAGGCAGAGCAGCAAAUUCAGAGAAAAGAAACAUUAACGGUCCCAAUUCCUUUAAUGGUGCAUCUUCUCACUCAAAUGAAUCUGCUGAUCUAGUUGCUGCUUUAUCAGGCAUGAAUCUUUCAAAUGGCAUUAUGGAUGAGGAGAAUCGGUCGUCCCGUAUUGAGCAAGAUGCUGAUGACCAUAAGAAUUAUCUUUUUAAUCUUCAGGGAGGCCAGAAUAAUGCAAGACAGCAAACUUACAUGAAAAAACAUGAGGGGCAGUUCAACAUGUCUUCUGUUCCUCAGCCAGGGAAAAUGGUUCCUUCUGAUUCUGGUGUGAACAAUGGCAGCGGGUCAGAUAUCAGUAAUACUUCCCUUCAGGCUGAGCUGCAGAAAAACGGUGUUCCUUCUAAUAACUCAUAUCUUAAAGGAUCUUCCAAUGCUGCAGUUAAUGGUGGGGCUGGCCUACUUUCUCAGUAUCAGCAUUUGGACAGUCCUAAUUCAUCAUUUUCUAAUUAUGGGUUAGGUGGAUACCCUAUGAGCCCAAUAUCAGGUCAACUUGGAAGCCCCAAUUUGCCGCCGUUGUUUGAGAAUGCAGCUGCUGCAUCUGCUAUGGCUGUACCUGGAAUGGACUCUAGGCUGUUGGGGGGAUCAAAUCUUGGAGCUGCUUCUGUAGACCAAAACCUCGGUAGAUUAGGAAAUCAGAUAGCAGGGAGUGCACUGCAGGCACCUUUUGUUGACCCAUUGUAUCUGCAAUAUUUGAGGACAGCUGAAUAUGCUGCAGCACAAGUCGCAGCACUUAAUGAUCCUUCUGUUGAUAGGAACUACAUGGGUAAUUCAUACAUGGAUCUACUUCAGAAAGCCUACCUUGGGAAUUUGUUAUCUCCACCAAAAUCACAGUAUAAUGUUCCCCUGGGUGGCAAGACCAGUGCAUCUAGUCCUCAUGGAUACUAUGCAAAUCCUACAUUUGGGAUUGGAUUGUCAUAUCCAGGAAGUCCCUUGGCAAGUCCAGUUAUACCAAAUUCAGCUGGUGGACCUGGUAGCCCUAUGAGGCAUGGUGAAUUCAAUAUGAGAUUCCCUGGUGGGUUGAGAAAUGUAGCUGGGAAUGUCAUUGGACCCUGGCACUUGGAUAACAUUGAUAAUAGUUUUGCCUCUUCUCUACUGGAGGAGUUCAAGAGCAAUAAAACCAAAUGUUUUGAACUUUCGGAGAUUGCUGGUCAUGUUGUUGAGUUUAGUGCCGAUCAAUAUGGAAGCCGUUUUAUUCAACAAAAGCUUGAAACUGCGACAACGGAAGAGAAGAACAUGGUUUUCCAGGAAAUAUUUCCUCAAGCUCUUACAUUAAUGACUGAUGUGUUUGGUAAUUAUGUAAUCCAAAAGUUUUUUGAGCAUGGAAUGGCGUCUCAAAGAAGGGAAUUGGCUGGAAAGCUUUUCGGACACGUACUUACCCUAAGCCUCCAAAUGUAUGGCUGUCGGGUGAUACAGAAGGCAAUAGAAGUUGUAGAUGUGGAUCAGAAAAUCAAAAUGGUGGAAGAGCUAGAUGGGCAUGUUAUGCGUUGUGUGCGUGAUCAAAAUGGCAAUCACGUCAUCCAGAAGUGCAUUGAAUGUGUUCCCGAGGAGCAUAUUCAGUUUAUUGUGUCCACAUUUUUUGACCAAGUUGUAACCCUCUCUACUCAUCCGUAUGGUUGUCGUGUGAUACAGCGAGUUCUGGAGCAUUGCAAGGAAGAAAAAACCCAGAGCAAAGUGAUGGAAGAGAUUCUGGGGUCUGUAAGCAUGCUGGCCCAGGAUCAGUAUGGGAAUUAUGUUGUGCAGCAUGUACUGGAGCACGGAAAGCCAGAUGAACGAUCUGCAAUAAUUCAAGAAUUAGCUGGAAAGAUUGUUCAGAUGAGCCAGCAGAAGUUUGCAUCAAAUGUUGUUGAGAAAUGCUUAACUUUUGGUGAUCCAAGCGAACGCCAACUGUUGGUGAAUGAGAUGCUUGGAACAACUGAUGAGAACGAGCCUCUUCAGGCUAUGAUGAAAGAUCAAUUUGCAAAUUACGUCGUACAGAAAGUCCUUGAAACUUGUAGUGAUCAGCAGCGUGAACUGAUCCUGUCUAGAAUAAAAGUUCAUUUGAAUGCACUGAAGAAGUACACUUACGGGAAGCAUAUAGUAGCUCGUGUAGAAAAACUCGUUGCUGCUGGGGAAAGGAGAAUCGCAGCUCAGACCCCGCAUCCUGCGUAGAUUCUCUAGGAAAGAAAGUUGUUGUACAGCUAACUGAGGCUAGUUUGGGCUACCUCUCUUUCUUCUCUUUAUCUCGUAAGUGGUGCUAUGCUCAUGCGUGUCUUUCGCGAGGGUAUGAGCUGAUUGCAAAUAAAGUUGUUGCCUGUACUAAAAAACCUGUACUUUGUGUAGUGUUAAGUUUAUACAUAGAGUCUAGUAAGCUUUGAGGCUCAGAGGCCGAAUGUUCCUGAUGCCCGUGCAGAAGAGAUAAAAACGACAGAUACGAAAAUGCUGAGGGUGUAAUAUAAAAGGUGAGGUAGUUUACGAUGCGAAGUGACUGUACAAAUGAUGAUGUUGGGGGGAGUUGGUUUCUUAGGUAUGGCCGAGGGAUGUUUAUGUAUGGUAAUUCAACAAUUUUCUUGCUUGGCCUAAUAUAACAGUUCUUUAAAUGUCGUA